AUGGCUUCUGUUGCCCGUACCUUCUCCAGAGCUCUUGCUCGCGGCGCCUCCGCCAGACCCUCGGCAACUCGCAAUGCUGCCCGAUUCGCCCUUCCUGCACAGACCUACAGGGCCUCUUCACGGAGAGGUUACUCUACCGCUUCUGAGCCCCAAAAGUCUUCCUCUGGGAUGUACUGGGCUCUCGGAGCUGUUGCCGUUGCUGCUGGUGGAACCUACUACUACAUGAACAACGAGAGCUUCGCUGCCGCCCAGAAGCCGUUUGUCCCAACCAAGGAAGACUACCAGAAGGUCUACGAUGAGAUUGCGCAUCUCCUUGUGGAGAAUGACGAUUAUGAUGAUGGUAGCUACGGACCUGUUCUCGUUCGUUUGGCCUGGCACGCAUCCGGCACAUACUGCAAGGAUACCAAGACCGGAGGAAGCAAUGGAGCUACCAUGAGAUUCGACCCUGAGGCUAACCACGGAGCCAACGCUGGACUCAAGGCUGCCCGUGACUUCUUGGAGCCCGUCAAGGCCAAGUUCCCAUGGAUCUCGUACUCUGAUCUCUGGACCCUCGCAGGUGCCUGUGCCAUCCAGGAAUUGCAGGGUCCCACCAUCCCAUGGAGACCUGGCCGCAAGGACAACGAAGCCUCAGCCUGCACUCCAGACGGCCGCCUUCCUGAUGCCUCGAAGGACCAGAAGCACAUCCGAGACAUCUUUGGCCGCAUGGGCUUCGAUGAUCGUGAGAUGGUUGCUCUCUGUGGUGCUCAUGCCCUUGGCCGUGCCCAUGCUGAUCGAUCCGGCUACGACGGCCCAUGGGACUUCAGCCCUACCGUCAUGACCAACGAGUUCUUCAAGCUCCUGCUCUCUGAGAAGUGGGUUAACAAGAAGUGGUCCGGCCCCGCCCAGCUUACCGAUAACAAGACCAAGACCCUGAUGAUGCUUCCCACCGACAUGGCGCUGAUCAAGGAUCGUGAGUUCAAGAAGCAUGUCGAGCGCUACGCCAAGGACUCGGACGUUUUCUUCAAGGAAUUCUCUGAAGCUUUCGUCAAGCUCCUUGAGCUCGGUGUUCCAUUCACCUCUAAGCCAGAGGACCGAUUCGUCUUCAAGGCUUCCGAGUAA